UCUAUUCCAUCGUAAAAUGCAAGCCACGACUCCAAUUAUCCGCUGCUCUUGCAAGAGCAAAGAACCGACGCGAAGCGAGAGAGAGAGAGAGAGAGAGAGCGAGCGGUGAGGCGAUAAACUCCAGCCAAAGCUUGCAUGCAGUUGCAUCCAUGGAUUAUGUUUGGUAGACGAAACAAUCGAUUUGAGAGAGAGAGAUGCGUUUUCUUGUGUGAAUUGUCGUCAAUGGUGGGCUUCCAAGGGUAAGAUCAACUGAGGCCCCUCAUGUUUAGGCGAAACAACGUCACUGCCAGGAUUUUCGAGCCAAACAACGUCACUGCCAGGAUUUUCGAGCGACAGAUUCGCAUUCCCGCUCCCGGCACUAGCAUUCAUUGUGCCAGGCGAUUUUAUGAGAAUCUUGUGCCAAGCUGUACAAUAUAUGACGUUGAAUGUCCUGAUCAUUCAUUCCGCAAGUUUACUGAUGAUGGUCAGUACCUCAUAAGCUUCAGCAGAAAUCAUCAGGAUCUUAUAGUUUAUAGGCCAACAUGGUUAACAUUUUCUUGCAAAGAUGAAGAUUGUGAUACUCACGAUCUUCCCUUGAAAUCAAAGAGGUUUGAGAGUUUUUUCACACAACUGUACUGUGUACCACUUGCUUCCAGCAGUGAGUUUAUAUGUAAAGAUUUCUUCCUAUACAUAGAGAGUAACCAAUUUGGACUCUUUGCAACUUCAACUACACAAAUUCAUGAUGCACCUGCUGCUGGAGGAGCUAUUCCAGGAAUCCCUUAUAUUGAGAAGAUAACUUUUCUCCUUUUGAGAUUGGAAGAUGGAGGUAUACUUGACGAGAGGGUUUUCCACAAUGAUUAUGUUAAUGUGGCCCAUAGUGUGGGUGUGUUUUUGUAUGACGAUUUAUUGGCUAUAGUGUCCCUUCGUUAUCAAACGAUACACAUUCUCCAAAUCAGGGACUCUGGGAACCUUGUUGAUGUUCGAGCUAUUGGGGAAUUUUGUCGUGAAGACGAUGAACUGUUUCUCAACUCCAAUCCUCUGGUGGCUGUAAAUCAUAUCGGGAAUGGUCUGCAUCAUAAUCAAUCGAUAUUGGAAAGCUCUUUCCUGAGUGGUAUCAAACAGCGUUUGCUUUCAUUCAUAUUUAGUGGGAUAUGGACAGAAGAAACUGAUCAAACUCUGAGAAUCCAAUGCCUGAAGAAGAAGUUUUACUAUCAUUUUCAAGAUUAUGUGGAUUUGAUAAUUUGGAAGGUACAAUUUUUAGACCGGCAGCACCUGCUAAUCAAGUUUUGUAGUGUUGAUGGAGGGACGUCAAGAAGUGCUGAUCACCAUCCUGCAUUCUUUGCUGUAUAUAACAUGGAGACAACUGAAGUCAUUGCAUUUUAUCAGAAUUCUGCAGAAGAGCUCUAUUUCUUAUUUGAGCAGUUCUGUGAUCACUUCCAUGCAACGUCCUCGUUGUCUACGACUUUCAUAACAUCUCAUUCAAAUAACAUCUAUGCUCUUGAGCAACUAAGGUGCAAUAAAAAAAAAGCCAACAGCUUACAACAGUUUGUGAAGAAGAUGCUGGCUUCUUUGCCUUUCAACUGUCAAUCGCAAAGUCCUUCCCCGUAUUUUGAUCAAUCUCUCUUUCGAUAUGAUGAAAAGCUGAUUUCUGCAACCGACCGGCAUAGACAGUCAACAGACCAUCCAAUCAAGUUCAUUGCAAGGAGGCAGCAAGGUUCCCUCAAAUUUAAAAUUAAACCAGGGCCGGAAGCCGGUAGCACAGACAGUCGGACGAAGAAAAUCUCCUCAUUCUUGUUCCAUCCAAUUUUGCCCCUUGCUCUCUCUAUCCAACAGACAUUGUAUUUGCAGCCACCGGUUGUAAAUAUUCACUUCCGCAGGUGAGAUUAUGUUUUCUUCUGUUUGCUGCCACUCUACAAUUUCCAACGGCCUGUAGCGGAAUUUACCUCUUAUGAAGGAAGUAGUACAAAUGUGUAAAUUAAAUUAUGUUUCUCGUAUGGCCUUUAAAUUUAUCCUGGAGUUGCACAAUUUCGGCACUGUUUUAGUGGUUUCUGAACGCUUCGAAAAUUGCAAUGAGGAUCAGAUGCGUUGCUUUAUGAAGUUCCCGAAUUAAGCUCUGAUA